AUGGACACAACACUAGAAACCGGACAAUUCCAUGCUACAAGUAUCGACGACGUAUUGACAGCCAGUGGUCCAGUGACUCUUGCUGCGUUGUCUGUACCAGGAAAUACCACGGAAAACAUAGGACAACCAGCCAUCGAAGAAGCUGAUAUUACUCUCCAGGUCAGCACCGAACCCCCCAACUCAGUUCCAAGCGUCUGGGAUGGCAUUCUGGCACAUUCAUCGACGAAGACGCAAAAUUCUACCAAAUUGCACGCACCGCAGGCCAGACAACCUGUCAAUUGCGCCCCUGCUUCGACGCCUCUGGCGACUUUUCAGGGGUUCAACCAGGUGGUAAAGAGCGAUUGGUGUGUUUUCAAACGUCGCCAUCUCACAAGAUGCUCUUGA